CAGGCUAUGUGUGGAUCUGCGCCAUGCCUGACAUUGUCCUGGGCCUCUGCCGAGAUUCCUGUACCAGAGCUCUGGGCCGGGAGUUUGGUGAGAACAAUCCUUGCAACCUGUACGAGUGGUGUGCCCAGGGGUGCCAUUUCUGGAAUUCCACAGAACAAGACUGCUGCUUGAGAAAGUGUAGAGAAUCCUGUGAACUUGGCUGUCGCCACUCAGAAAAGGCCUUUGGAGAGGAAGUCCUGGGCCGCCUGACUCCCCCGACGGCCCCGUUCGCGUCUUCCAUCGGAGCCCACGCGGUGACGCUGGGGUGGAAACCGGCCAACGUGGCGGGAGUGAAGUACGUUGUCCAGUGGCAGUUCACCCGGCUAACCGGGAUCUGGAGCUAUGCGGAGCCAGUGUCUGAGCCUGUCUACACGGCACAGCCCCUGCACGCUUUCACCGAGGACACAUUCCGCGUGGUGUGGAUCGUCACGGCUCGGCUUCAUCUCUCUUCCCCGCCCAGCACCAGUUACCGGACGCUGGCCACUGGAGUCCCCGAAACGGCUCCUCUCAUCCGAGAGCUUUAUAGUGUCAGCCCGGACGUGGUGGAGGUCAGCUGGUCACUGCCGUUGUUCCCGGGUGGUCCAGUUACCGGCUACAACCUCAGACUGGCCAGCGACCGCCAAACGUUGGACGCGGGGACCCAGGCCACGAGCUUCCAGUUUUCCUCCGUCUUGCCGAACACCACGUACAGGUUUUCCAUCAGGGCCGUGGGUCAGGUGGAUCAGGGGCCAGAAGCGGAAGCUAAUGUCACCACCGCCCCGUCGUCGACAGUCCAGGAACAAGCACAGUGGCUCUUUCUGUCCCGAGAGAAUUCACUCCGAAAGAGAUUCCUGGGGCAUUUUGUAGAGGAAACGCACUGUCUCCCGGCAGAUGGACGCAGCCAGAGAAUUACAGGAAUCGCAGUUAACGUCCGGCAGCAGCUCGUCUACUUCUGUGAGGGAAAUGUGAUCUGGGUGAAGGAUGCGACCGACAUGGGGGACACUUCUGGCCUCCGCGUCUUCUACAACGGCUCCGGGCCGGUUUCCUCUGUCUCGGUGGACUGGCUGUACGGCAAGAUCUACUUCAUCAUGAGUGAAAGGGUUUGGGGCUGUGAUCUGGCGCUUUGCUCUCCACCUGAAGACAUCACUCCACCUUCAAUUGUGUCACCAAAGAAGCUGGUGGUUGAUCCUUAUAAUGGGACCGUGAAGUCCUGCGGUCACUGGCAAGCCAAUCGUGCUGCGUAUGUGAUGGAGUCCCAGUCCUGGGGCAAUGUGGGGAUCGUUCCCAUGGAAACCAACGCUCCUCCCACAGCCCCGGGGUGCGGACUGGUUAACGGAAAAUCUUGUCCUUCAGCCUGGCAGAACUGGACAUAUGAUGUGCAAGUGAGCGGCCAGGGCCUCGUAGAUGGGGCCAGCCUCUUCUCCAACAUCACUGACACCCAGUUGGUCAUCCCGGGGCUGCGGAGCAACACUCAGUACAGCGUCACCGUGAGAGCGAGGUCCCCCGCUGGGGCUGGGCCCUGGGCAGAGCCCUUUGUGGGCACCACCCUCAAGCCAGCCAUGGAAAUGCCCUUCAUCCUGGCCGUGGGACCCGACGGUCUGUGGCAACAACCGCUAACUGGCUUCGGUCCGGGGGAACUCCUGUCGCCCGAAAUCAGAAAUGUCUCAGGUCUGGACUGGCACAGAGGCACCCUAUUCUACAGCGACUCCUUGGGCAACGUGUGGCAGUGGAGGCCGGAUGGGACAGCUGGAGGUCCGGUGAAGGACCGCGUCCUGGACAUUACGGGAGCAGGGGCUCUGGCCUUUGAGUGGAUGGGCCAGUACCUCUACUGGGCCAGCAAGGCCAACUUGAUCCAACGGCGAUCCUUCCGGACGGGCCAGAGGGAUACGGUGGUCCAAGCUCGGUUCUCCGUCAACAACCUGGCAGUGGAUUCGUCCAGGGGCUAUCUCUACUGGACCACGGCCCGCUCCGUGGAGAGUGCCCGGCUAAAUGGAGAGGACUCCCUGGUGCUUCAGAUGCAGCCCCUGUUUUCGGACAAACAGGUAAUGGCUUUGACCCCCGACCUCAGUGGUGGACUCCUGUAUUGGCUCAUGCGGGAGAACCAGUGGACACACCUGUAUAGCACCCCUCUGCGUGGCGAGGAGGUGGAAGGGGCCAACGUGACCGAAUUUGCAGCGUGGAGUCUCUCGGCCGUCUCCCAGCCCGCGCUCACCUACUAUAGCGGACGGCUCUUCUGGAUCGACGGCCUGGGGUUCCUCACCUCCCAGGAAGUCGCCCAGAACACCGCCGUCCCCGUGUCAGAGCCAGCCGAGUUUGCCCGGUUGACUCUGGUCCACCAGUCCCUCAGACCUCUGCCAGGAAACACUUCCUCCAGGCCAGAGGUCAUCCCCACCUCUGUUCCGGCAUCCUCAUUUCGGAUCGAUGGGAAUGCUUCCAGCUUUCGGGUCCUGUGGAGCCCCCCACCGCCUCUAGGAUGGGGUGCCAUUUUCUACUGCGUGGAGCUUGGAGCUUCCCCCAAGGUAUGUAAUGGAAAACGGUUCCUGUUUCACGCUCUGCCGGUGCUCAUCUUGGAAGGCCUGGCGCCCUACAGCCCCUUUCUCCUCUCCGUCACCCCAUACUCCUAUUGGGGAAAGGGUCCCCAGAUGACCGUCACCCUCAGAGCUCCUCAGUCAGUGCCAUCCGCACCUGAAAACCCCAGGAUAUUCACAGUCCCUGGUCGUGGAGCCAAACACUUGAAGGAGGCCGGGCUGGAAUUCAGGUGGGACAGGCCGAGGCAUGACAACGGUGCUUUGGAAAGCUUUGAAAUUUUCUACCAACUGUCCGGCCCAAAGGAUGCCAACCAGACAGCAGGAAGCUGGGUUGUGGCCAACGUCAGCUCCCCGGAGAUAACCUUCAGGCUGGAGGACGUUGGUCCCGGGCACAUCAUCCGUUUCCAGGUGCGGGCGUUCACCUGUGUGGGCCCUGGCCCGUUUUCUGAAAUGGCAGAAUUCAACACAUCAGAGACCCACCUGGUUCCACAUCUUGUCACAGUGCAUGGCGACCAGUUGGCUCAGCUGGACACUGACCAGAACCGAACCGUGUGGUCCGUGCGGGUGAGAGGAGCCAUCGGGACCGCGGGUUACCUUACAGACAAUGAGAUGGUUUUUGUGACCUGUGGGGAGUCCCUUCUCCUGCUACAUGUGCACAACAAUGCCACGUCAGAGCUCUUCGAGGGUGCCCUGGUCCAUGACACCACGGCUCUGGCAGUGGACUGGAUCUCUCGGCAUCUCUUUCUGGCUCAGAAAACGAUCCGGAAUGAAACUCAGAUAUGGGCCAUCGAUCUCGAAGGCAGGGUGAAAUCGCCUAGAGAUUUGGAGAUUCGACUCGGCUCCAAGAAUUCAACUCUGGUUUCUUUCUCCGUUUAUCCUUUCCUCAGGUGGGUCAAGGACCUUGAGACCUCAGAGCUGGGCCACCAGAUGUUCUACCAUGACAGGGCCAGGGACACUCAGCACCGGAUCCUGGGACACCCAGUUGGCACUCCUGCACCAGGCCUAUGUGGCGUGGCUGCCCCGGAGCUGGGCGGCACACUGGCCAUCGACAGUUCAGACCCUCUCCAGCCACUGAUCUACUUCACCCGGGGCCGGGGUGAGGUCUGGGCCACUGAUCUGGAAGGGGGCCGGUGCCGGACAGUGGCCGGAGGGCCGGAGGACACCCGAGAAAUCCGCUUGGACUUAGGGCCCCUGAUCUCUGUUCCCACAGAGCAGGCGAUCAGCAGCUUGACGGUGGAUGAGCAGUUCCUGUACUGGACGGUCGAGGUGCCGGACGGCACGGUGAUUUAUCAGGCCGACAAGAGGGGCGGGACCCCCCGCUCUCACAUGGUCACCCCCGGAUGGCGGAGGAUCCUGGCCUCCAGCCCAGCGCUGCAGCCCUUCCCAGAGAAGACCUGCGUCGCCCUGGCUCCCAGCCUCGAGAAGCCGACUGUGCUCUCCGCGACCAAUACCAGCCUCAAGCUGCUCCUGCCCCUGGCAGUGGCCCGACGCCCAUGCCCGGGCAUAACCGGCCCCACCCCAACGUAUCUGGUGCGUUAUGGGCUAGUGACUGAUAACCAGAAGCACAGUUCCUCCCUAGAAGGCAGAACUCAGGAAUUCCAAGAGCCGAUAGCCCUUCUGGAAGGCUUAAACCCAUUUUCCAAUUACAUGAUCCGGGUGACCGUAAAGAACUAUUUCUCGGACCCAGAUGAGGAGGCCCCGCUGGGAGAAGAGACCCGAGGCACCACAGAACAGGGAGUCCCGGGAGCUGUGGACUCCGUCCGUGCCUCCGCUCUGUCGGAUACAAGCAUCGGGAUGUCCUGGGGUGUCCCCCGGCUGCCCAACGGGCCUCGGGCAUCUGUGCGCUACCAGAUUGCCGUGGACCACCUCCCACCCAGCCCAGAGAUCCCACUCAACCAAAGCCUGUUGCCAGGAGGGAGACUCACCUGGGCCAUUCACCACCUUUCCAGCGGGAGGCGCUACGAGCUCAAGGUUCUUGCCUGUCACCCGGAGGAGCUGUGGUGCACUGAGAGCCCCGUCGUGGCCGCAGACACCGCCCGCGCCCCAGAGCGGCCUCUCCUCCUCCGGUUGGGGAACACCAGUCUACAGCUGGCCUGGAGGGAGCCUGCUGCCAACCUCACCACCUUCUGGUUUGAACUCCAGAAGUGGGAAUACCAGGAGAUAUUCCGAGCCAACGCCACGUGCUCGCGGGGCCCCAAGCGCACCUGCACCGUCACGGGCCUCCGCCCCAGCACCUCCUAUGGCCUCCGGGUCUUCAUCAAGUUCGUCAGGGGUGCAAAAAGUGCUUCUCCUUCAGCCUCAUUUAAGACGACGGCUGGCGUUCCAGAGAGGCCAGGGAUCCCGGAACGGCUUGAGGGGAAUAAGAAUUCCGUCCAGUGGAAAGAGGCGAAAGACAACAACAGCAACUUAACCUACCACCUUCUGGAGAUAAGCAGAAAGGGGUCCAGAAGCCAUGCAGCGUGGGCAGUGGUGUUCAACGGCUCAUGCCAUGGGGUUUGCACCUGGAAAUCCCAGCACCGCAGUGGCAUAUUCCAAUUCCGAGCCGCUGCGGCCAACCGACUGGGACUUGGAGAAUACAGCAGCGUCAGCGAGGAUAUUUCCUUAGUAAAAGAUGCCUUUGGGGCUCCAGGGGAGAGUGUCAUCAUUGUUGCCGUAAUCAGUGGGCUAUUGGGGGCCAUCUUCCUGUUGGCCUUUGUCUGGUACAGGAAGGGGAGGAGCAGAAAGCCGCCUCCACCCUGUCCGAUGGUUCUCGCCCAGGAAGACAAGGAGCUGGCUGACCUCAGGGGCAGGGACAAUGUCGGGCUGGCUAAUGCCUGCUACGCAAUUCGGACUCCUCCUACCCGGUAUGAGAUUGAGGGCCUUCCCACCUUCCCUCGGGACCAACUGACCCUGAAGAUCCUCCUGGGCAGUGGGGCCUUUGGGGAAGUGUAUGAAGGGACAGCGCUGGACAUCCUGGGCGAAGGAAGUGGGGAAACCAAAGUGGCUGUGAAGACCCUCAAGAAAGGUGCGACGGACCAGGAGAAAAUGGAAUUCUUCAAGGAGGCUCACUUAAUGAGUAAAUUCGACCACCCCAACAUCUUGAAGCAGUUGGGUGUCUGCCUGUUCAACGAGCCCCAGUACCUGAUCCUGGAGCUGAUGGAGGGUGGCAAUCUCCUGACGUACCUGCGCAGGGCCCGCAUCCCCACGCUACAGGCUCCUCUGCUCUCACUGGUUGACCUUGUGGAGCUGUGUGUAGACAUUUCUGAAGGCUGUGUCUACUUAGAGAAGAUGCAUUUCAUUCACAGGGACCUGGCCGCCCGGAACUGUCUCGUGUCGGUGAAGGACUAUGGCUGACUCUCCAAGAAGGUGAAGAUUGGGGACUUUGGCCUGGCCCGAGAUAUCUACAAACAGGAUUACUACAGGAAAAGAGGGGAAGGCUUGCUCCCCAUCCGCUGGAUGGCCCCGGAAAGUGUGGUGGAUGGCAUAUUCACCACCCGGUCUGACGUCUGGGCUUUUGGAGUUCUGGUCUGGGAAAUCCUAACUCUGGGCCACCAGCCUUACCCUGGCCAGUCCAACCUGGAGGUUUUGCACUUGGUCCAGACCGGAGGAAGACUGGAGAAGCCAGGGGCUUGCCCCAGUGGUCUGUGGGACUUGCUGUCUCAGUGCUGGGCCCAUGACCCCUUGCAGAGACCCUCUUUUGGACAUCUCCGGGAUAGUCUGCGGGCCCUCCAGGCCUCUCCCCCUGACCAGCCCCCCAGGGGUGGGGAUGCAGAGGCCCCUGGAGGUGUGGCGAACGAGGCCUUCGAAGGAGAGGACUGCGAUGAGGUCAGCAGGGAGCCAGGAGCCUCCCCCUCCUUGGCUUUGGUGGAGACCCGGGAUCAAGACGGCCUCAGUUACUUGGUCCUCACUGCCAGGAUUCUCCCGAAGCUGGAGCCGGAGCCAGAGCAGGAGCCGAGAUCUCCAGACUGGUGGAGAGGCCAGACAGAGCCCUGCAAGACACAGGAUGCAGCCAACAUAAGCAGCCAGUGGCCUCCUGCCCGGCUCUCAGCAGGUGCGGAGACGUAAACUCUUCUCAGCCCUCUCUUGCACUGAACUGGGGAGCAGAUGGGUGGGUUCCCCCAAAUCAUCCUGGACCCAGACUCCCAGACAGAAAGCAAGAGUUUCCCACAUUCUUCGUUUCGUGAUCCCCCUAACUUGGGCUGAGAUGCACACUCCCCACCCUCCCCGGCUGAGUGCUGUGCCCCCUUCCCCACUCGCUUAGAGAGAGGGACUAACCCAGAUUGGGUGGUCUGGGGAGAGACAGAUGGCUGAAAAGGGGGAAGGUCGCUCACCAGCUACUGCCCCAGUGUGGAUGGCAUCUCUAAAGUUAGCCCAAGGAAUGGGGGACAGGGCUGGGUUCCUCCGAUGGUCAGGAGAGUCCAGAGGGG